AUGAAUGUGGAUCAUGAGGUUGAACUCCUUGUCAGAGAGAUAAAGCGACUUGGGAAGGAAGGAGCGAAUGGCAAAUAUUCUGUAACAUUUGGAGUUCUCUUCAAUGAUGAUCAGUGUGCCAACAUAUUUGAAGCUCUAGUCGGGACCCUCCGUGCUGCCAAACGAAAGAAGAUUCUGUCAUAUGAUGGAGAGCUACUUCUGCAAGGCGUGCAUGACAAUGUAGUUGUUUCACUACUUUGA